CUCGCAGGAACACCACUGGGCUUCAUUGAUUGAUGGAUUGAUGGAGCACAGAUCUGCGACCACAGAGAAGUGCUCGAAAGUGAGGCCAAGCUUGCUGGAGUUGCCACACAAAAUCAAAGCAGCAAACCAUAACAUUUCAAGACCUGAAGCCAAGAUAACUACGCAACUCCUCUAGAAGAUGACCCUAAUGCAACUCAACGCCGAAAACCCUGCCGCCAAGAUGAGUACUGGUACCAACGGCACUAACGAUAUCGAUCUUCGCAAGCUGAUGCGACGCAAGACACCUGCCACUCGACGAGGCAUGGAACGAGGAGGAUCCACAAGAGGUCUCUCCACUCGUGGUCUCUCUCCCACCAAGCCCGCCUUGAAAAAGUCGGUCAAUUCCACUGGCGCUCUUCAGCGCAACAAGAUUAGUUUUGGUGGCACCGAAACGUUGGUCUUUGAAAAAGAGAUUGGAGAUCAAGAUCACAAGAAUGCCGUUUGGUUUAGCGACAAGGAAAUGAAGGCCAUUCGCAAAGACAUUCGUAGCAGUGUCAAAAAGAGUGAGAUUACCCGUGGGUUGGAAUGUCACGCCGAUACCAAGGAAACUCGCUUCAAGCGGCAGCAACACCGACAAGGCAUUCUCAAUUUGCACCGCGAACAACGACGGGUUGGCAUGGAAAACGCCGAGACGCUGCAUUACCUAAGUCGCGCCACGAGCGCCGAUGAUUUGAAUCGAGCGCUGCGACUGGCAUCAAUGGAUUCCACUCAAGCCUUUCAAGAACACUUGCAAACGCCCAAGACAUGCAUUACCCGUACUUCUUCUGGCAAGGCGCUGGACAAUUUGAGAAAAACGAUCAAUGUCAGCAAGUUGACGCCCUACAGUGCCAACAAGUCCACCAGUGCUCUCAGUCGAUUGAACCGAAUUGGAGGUCCAGGAGGGAUUGGAGGCAGCGGCAAUCCAUUGUUGAUGACAUCUGGUAACGCCACCUUUGCUCCCAGUAAGCCCAUGAAUCGAAAAGAACCCAACAUGUUGCUGGAAGCCAUGGCCAAAAAGGGAAAUCCCCGUACCAAGCGUCCGACGGUCAACGGAGUGGCGGCAGUGGCAUAAAACUGCAUUUACAUUCCUAUCGGUACUGUACACGCAAAGGCUCAACCAAUUUCCGUGACAGCAAACCCAUAAAUUCUCUUGUAAUGUGUCUGUGCCGCUGCCGGUAGUACAGUACUUUAAAAGUUCUACUGUGCUGUCAAGUCAAGUCCCAAGACAGCUCUUUGGAACCCAAGGAUCUCUCUCCGUUGGAGGAGCAGCGUCGAUGAUCCAUCGCCUCUGAUUACUCCAAGAGUCGAGAUUGGCUGAUGCCCCCUUACACUUUCUGUACGAGUACUCAAAUAUCAUCAAACAAUCUUUACAAUUGUACUACCGGUACGGUACUAGUAGCUUUCAGCAUAGUGCAUUUGUUUGGUGAGAUUGCCUUGGAGUUUGUGCACUCCCUCAGUGCCAGUUUGUGUUUGUGCAGCUGUUUUGUGUCUCACAGCCAAAACGCUUCCUCGAAGUGUGCAACGGGUUCCAGUCCACCGAUCAGUUGCAACCAUGCACAAACACUUCGUUGGUGCCUAGCUAGUGGAAACUAUAGCAUCCAACACAACCUUCCCACCAGUUCCAGGGUCAGAUGACUUUUGGUCGCCAAGGCCGAACAUCAAUGGCCAUGGCCCAGCCGUCCACGCUGAUUUCUCUUUGUUAACGGCCACGGUCUGGUCGUCGUGGUUCCCACGUUCGUGCAACGCGGGUUUGGCCGAACAACAGCGAGCGAGGAAAAGAGCAACAAAUAAUAUCUCAUCUCUGCAU